AUGGUGCUCGGGCUCGUCCGUGCUGGACGCUUCGAUACAGUGUAUGCAGUCGCGCUUCUUCUGGUGAACUGCGUGAUGCAGAUCAUGUUUGCUUUGAUUCUGCUGGAUGAUGGCUUCAUGGGUGAGGAGUUUGAUAAACAGAAGAUUAAUGCCCAAAUCUGGCGGACCAGUGUGGCACAUGACUACAAGUACAUGGACCUAGCAGAAACUAGCCUGGUGACGCGGGUCUGUAGUGGGGAUGGAGCGCUCAUCCUUUCUACGACCCAGGCGUCGUUGGUGGAGCAGAUCAACAUGUACCUGAGGCUAAGCACAGACCAGCUGGUGCAGACGGAUUUUGGACCUGGCACCCUCCUGUGCAUGCUGUGCAUCCUUCUGUGGAGCCUUUGUGUCUACAAGGAGUUCCGAAAUAUUUGGCUGGCUCUGGCUGGUGCUGUCAACCUGCCGAAGUCGCGGCACACCGUGUUCACGGAAGGUAACUUCGAACAAAUAUCUUGGGGACGACUCAGCGUCUUUCUGGCUACCAACUUUACUCGGGUGGCAGUCGCGAGCGUUCUGCUGGUUGCAGGCAUCAUGUGGUUGGCUCGGACCACUUCCAUCUCAGAGCUAAUGCUGAAUGCCGUUGCUCUCAAUGCCAUCCUGGACGUUGAUGAGUUUCUUUUCAAUGGCCUGACGCCCAUGAAGUUUCAGCAUGCGAUCCAGAGCCUGUCCCCAAUGUCCAUCAAGUACAGCAGGCGGCGCAGCGAAUGGGAGUCGAGCAUUCAAGCACUCCUCCUGAUUCUCACCAUCAUUGUGCCAUACAUGUUUUUGGUCAAGCCGUUUGGUCAAACCAUGGUGGAGGUAAAGAACCUCAUGUGCGGCGGCAACCAGAGCUUUGUCAUCCACCACAACCCUGACACCCAGAUGACCAAUGGUCUCAUUACGCGCGACGGCCGUGGUGCCUCUGAGAUAUGUACUUGGGAAGUUGGGCAGGGUCUUAGGCUUGGGGUUUUGGGGUUGAAGGGUGAGCUAACCCUUCAAGCUAUGGGAUUGUCCAAUGCUGUCGUUGCAAAGCAUUGCCUCAUGCGUCUUGCAGGAUUCCACGAGACCAGGGUCUUGAAACAGGAACGUUCAGUUUGCUAA